GAUCGGAGACCAUAAAGGAUGUGCUGAUGAUUCUGAUGAAAUGUUUUGAUCGAGUUGUAGGAGGAAAAAUGAUCUUACUCUGCGCCUUAAUUUUCAACGAAGCAGCAGGCAGCAAUACUCUGGAGAGUAAGAAAUAUACCUGUCCCACAAAAAAUGCAGCGUUUGAGUGUGACGCUGCAAAAAGGGUUCCUGUGGAAUCAAAGAGAGGUAUAUCAUACAAGGUAAAAGACGUAAGCGCUGAUAAGGAAUUAGAAAUUUACUGCAGCAGAAACAACUGUACUGUGACGAAGAAUGAACUGCAUAAAAGAGUUCAAGUCUUGGAGACAAACGCCACGAGAACGACCUUCCAGAUGUUGAACUUUAAUGAGUCUCUGCGUUUCUACUGCAAUGUACACACCGUACCUGAGUACCAGUCCACUGAGUCUCAUAUCAGCGACAUCACAACUGUUGAAUGUAUUCGCAGUUGCAUUGGUCUGAAGGCUUACUUAUCUUGUCAGAGUUUCCAACAAUUUCUUCAAACUCCAAAUGGUUUGGGAGCGUUCUUGAAAAAACUUGGUGGAUCAGAUAUCACUUUCUGUGACGACAAAGGGAAUUGCACCUGUAUGGAAGAGUGUGGAGAGUACAAAGGCAGAUUGCAACCUGGAUAUAAAUCAGUAAACAUGAGAAACAUCAAGAAGGAAGAUGCUGAGGAAGAUUUUAUGUUUCAUUUUGAACACAAAGAUCCAGGAAAACAAACGCUCAGAAAAUGUAUUUUCAAGAUCGAUCCUGUAGUUUGUCCUGGCCCACCAACCGAUGCAGGCAACGGGACAAAACAGCCACCUACCAUCCAGCGUAACGUCACAACAGGAACCCUAAAAGUGCCGUGGGUACCGACAUUCGAAGAGAAUGCAUAAACGACGAGAUCGCACUCAGAAAUCCUCAUCUUGCUGAUGUUAUCCGACAAAACGCCUACGAAGAGCUGACCUGGACAGCUAGGGACCCACAGCAGCGAGCUCAGUACGAACAAAAGCUCUCGUAUUGUAACAAAGAUUUUAAAUGCUACAAGUAUAACAUCACUGGUGAUUAUCAGCAGAGAAUUGAGACAACAACUGUCGCGCAGGGUGUACUUUACAUUAAACAGAAGAAAUUCAACGAUAAACUUACUUACACAUGCCGCGUUAUACAGAAAGGAAACAAGGCUCCGCGUGAUUACGCGAUUACAGUCACAUCUUCAGCAAAUUGCUUGUCCUCAACUGUUGGGGAAAGCAUCGACCUUAGCCGUGUGAUUCAUGGGAAAUUUUCAAAGAAAGGCGUGGAAGACAUAACAUGGUACAGGAUCCUUCAAGGCGGUAGAAAGGAAAAAAUUGUGCACUGCAGUCCAUCUAGAGCCUCGUGCGUGUUAAUCAGUUGCGUAAGAUCUUGCCCGGAAUAUUUAACAAGGCUGAAGACAGAUGGAUUGUCAGUCAUCCUGACGAAUGUUACACCUAAUGACCGUGGUUUAGAAUUCCAAUGCGAGUUAUAUCCUGGAAUCCACGGGCCGCAUCGAGCUUACAGCAUUAAGAUCAGAGAGGUUGCGGAACCUCAAGAAGGAACAACAAUCAGAACCCCAGAAGAAAUCACAGGAGGGUCUUUACAGGACGAUGCAAGCAAAGGGACAAAACAGCCACCUACCAUCCCCGAUAACGUCGCACCAGAGAACUUAAAAGUGACUAGAACACUUCUAUUUCUGUGCUUGAUAUCGAAAAUUUUUACUUUUCCUGGAUAGUACAUGUAUGGAGGAGUGAAUUUACUGCAACAUUCCACUUCGACUCAGUCGAUUGUUGGACAGAUCUGAUAAAAGGUUUCAUCUUGCAAAGACACAAGGUGUUGUCGAGGAAUACCCACCACAGAUCGAAGGGUCCACAAACCAGCCUUUCCAUCACCCGGGAAAUUGAGUUCUUUUGAUGACAAAGAUGUUAUUACAUAAUAGAACUGCUGUCCCAAUAAGUAUUUAAUUUUGUUGCGUGCCACGAUUCAGCUACAAACACAAACCUCGCGCAGCUUCUUCGCUUACGAACUAUUACUUGCAUGUAGCCGGCCAUAUAAAGACGAAUUUUGGAUAUUCAGUGUCUAAGACUGCUUGCCAGAAGAGCACUUUAUUCUUCUUUUUGAGGCAUAAAGCUAAAACUUAAAAUAUGUUAACCUGUGAUCAGGUUUUGCAUAAUGAUGAUGUAAAAUAUUUCUUUAUGGAUUAGAACUUUUGGGAUCUGCCUUUCAGCCUUUCAAGGCAGGCAUUUGGAUCAAGUUGACACCUUUCUCAGACCAGCCAUGGCCUCGGUUAUACAAAUAGGAUCGUUUCUAUGUUUGAUGUAACAAUGAACAGGAACAGUGCUCUGUUUGAUAGAAUAAUCGAGGACACUGGUAAUGCAUUUAUAGGUGGCUUCCAACUAAACAUAAUAGCAGCAUCUCGUAGAUAGGGGCCAUGACUUCAUACUAAUUAGGAUUAAAAGCGAACAGUUUUAACGAGCUUUUAUAAAUAUUUGUCUUACCUUUAUUUCUUAAAUUUUUUUUUUUUCUCUCUGUAAUUGUCUUAACCGCAUGACUGGCUUUUAGUUUUUAGUCUAUAUUACUGAUAAAAUAUCACAAACGGGAAUCAUUAUGCUCAAAGACAUAACGAUUUUAAUUUGGUUUCCUUUGUUGGUCUCGUUAGUCCAGCAUUUGAGAUAACUUACUUCGGAAGAAAAUCCCUUCGAAUCGAAAGGUAGAAGUAAUGUUGGCAAACAAGUUAAGCGGUACAGAUGCUUAUGAAUAAAUACAAUUAUUAAUCAAGCUGUAACAGUUCAUUGAAACAAGAGAACAUGUUUAUCGUCACUCACCGAAAGUGGCCUGCAAUCCAAAUGCUUUUGUUAAAAUAUUUACUCUUGCUUAAUAUUAGUUUAUUAAAACAACAAAGCAUGUAUAGUAUGACUUGUGAAACUGAAAGAGAAACCGAGAGGCUGCAAUCGAAGCUUUAUUUGAAAAAAUUGUUGAGUAAAAAGUUCCAGCCAUUGCGAUCUUAAGGAUGGAACGUACGUAUUUUGAACGAGCUCUAUGAGCUCCUUGACGCUACGAGGGUAAAUAAAGUAUUGAUUGAU